AUGGACCUGGAUGACGAGGAGCUCCUCGAUGCAUUCAAACUCACGUAUCCCGGAGAUUCUCUCACAUCCACCCAGGCAUUCAUGCGUGGUCAUGGCACUUACGUCGCACAAGACGAGGUGAUUGCUUCCGUCGCUGGACCGGUCGAGCGGGUGAACCGACUCAUCACCGUCCGCGCGCUUCGCUCAAGAUAUAAUCCUGAAGUAGGGGACUUGGUCAUCGGUAGAAUUACGGAUGUACAGCCCAAGCGAUGGAAGGUAGAUGCCAACUCGCGUCAAGACGCAGUACUCAUGCUAUCGUCGGUCAACCUCCCCGGCGGCAUUCAACGACGUAAAGUAGAGAGCGACGAGUUGCAAAUGCGCAGCUUCUUCGAGGAGGGUGAUCUGUUGGUUGCCGAAGUGCAAGCUUUUUUCUCAGACGGAGCGAUGUCACUCCACACUCGGUCGCUGAGAUACGGCAAGUUACGGAACGGACAGCUGGUUUCGAUACCCCCCAUUCUCGUGCGGCGGCUAAAAUCGCAGUUUCUGACCCUCCCCUGCGGGGUUGAUCUGAUUCUGGGCCUGAACGGAUACAUCUGGGUAAGCAAACACAUCAAGGCCAACGACCAGGAGGGCGAAGAAGGUUUUGACGCGCAAGCUGUGUAUUCCAAUCAAAAUGAUCAUAUCGACCAAGCAACUCGGCUGGCCAUCUCGCGAGUUACUAAUAUAAUCCAUAUCCUAGUCGCUCAUUUCAUUCCGUUGACGGACACUAUACUGCUGGAAGCCUAUGAAUGGGCAUUGGAACAGGUGGGUUCUGCGAGGGAUUUGCUACAAGACGAUAUCGGGGAAUCCCUCGUGGCCGCAACUUCCUCGCGGCCGUGA